UACAAAGCGCAUGGCGUUUCUCCGGUGUAUGAUUUUCAUUGUAUUUCAUAACAUAACAGUGUUAUUUAGAACAAUAAAUGUUAGUGAACUAGUGUAUCAACGUGACUAUAAGUAAUCAAAGAAAAUGCAAAGUGGUAGCGGUGCUAAAAAUCCGCCAUGGGCGCGUUCAAAUGUGAAUUCAAACAUGACCGGCAUGAAUCCGCAAAUCAUGGAUCCCAACUCCAUGAUGUCGCAACAGGGUAUGAUGCCUUUUCAACAAACGCAGGUGUUUAACCCAGGCAUGAUGCAAGCACAGGGCGGCAUGGCGAUGCCGAUGGCGGGACAAAUGCCAAUGAAUCAAAUGGCACAAGGUCAGAUGUAUCCCGGCAAUGUCGUGGCGUACCCUACGCCGCGCGCUAUGAAUCCCAACAUGUACCAAAAUGCUCAGUCGAAUCAAAACCAAUCGACCACCGAACAGCGCGUUUUCACUGGAACCGUGACAAAGACCCACAAUGAUUUCGGCUUUGUCGACCAUGACGUGUUCUAUCAAACGUCUGUAUGUGCCAAGGGCAUUACACCUAAAGUCAACGACAGAGUGCUGGUCGAAGCUACAUACAACCCUAACAUGCCUUUCAAAUGGAAUGCAACUCGAGUUCAGGUGCUACCAAAGAGUGGGCCAAAGCAGAAGAGUAAUCCACAGAAUUCAAACACUUAUAAUGCAGUCCCUCCCCCAGCCAAUGCAAAGAAGAAUAUUCCUCCUAACCGUCGUGAUGAUCGCCGUGAUAAUCCACGAAAUAAUAGGGAAGAAAGGGUGUUCCCACAGAAGCGCUCACGUACUAGGUCUAGGUCUCGCUCAAGGGACAGGCGUGACAGUCGCAACCGCAGGGACUCACCUCCACGUAAACGUCCUGUCAUUCACCAGCCUUCUCCGGUUAAAUAUGUUGUUAGAGUGCCGAGAAUUCCUCUUGACAUCAAACAAAUGGAUGUGCCUGGGCUGUCACAAAGAUACUCCAACUUAUACAUACCAUCUGACUUCUUCAACGCCCAUGUGAAAUGGGGCGAGACAUUCCCUCCUCAAAUGCCCUUCUCCCUGAACAACCCUUGUAAUUACCACAUCCUGAGCCCUAAUGUUGAACCUCCAACUCCCAACGAAGCAAUCUUGGAACCACCAGAUUCGGAUUACAGGUUUUCUGCCAAGGUGAUGUUAAUCAGCCUGCCAUCUUUGGAGAGUUUAUACCAGAAGUGUGGCCUCACCAAAUCUGAUGAGAAAGACAAACGUUCCAGCAGCAAGAAUCCUUUGCACCCCACUCGUUUAAUCAAGUUUCUUGUCGGCCAAAAAGGAAAAGGUGGUGAAAAUUUUGCUAUAGGUGGUCCGUGGAGCCCUUCAUUAGAUGGUGAAAACCCUGAAACUGACCCAAGUGUACUAGUGAAAACAGCCAUUCGAACAUGCAAAGCCCUAACUGGCAUCGACCUAUCCUGCUGCACACAGUGGUACCGAAUGGUGGAGUUUUACUACUGGCGCGAGGGCAGCGGCGGCAAGUCGCGGCUCGAAUGUGUGGUGUUGUUCCUGCCAGACGUGUGGUCUGCGCAAGCUUCGCGUGUCGAGUGGACGACCGUUCAGGACCAGUAUAAAGCAACGUGCGAAGCCGCCAUAAAGAAACUCGACGGACCGCAGUCGACGGAUCUGCCCGAGCCAGCGGCGGCUGACGACGAGCUUGCAGCGGACAAAUCCCAAAUUGAAAACACGGAUGCCAAUGAUACAAGUACUAUCACAAUAGAUGAGAAUGAUGAUGACGAGGAAAAGCCUGAACCAACUCACUAUUCCAAGUUGGAUCUGAGGAGUAUAAAAGUUGAUCAAUUGCGGCAAGAGUUGCGAGCUCGUAAUGUCAGUUGUAAAGGUCUUCGCGCUCAAAUGGUGUCGCGGCUUUCGAAACUCCUCAAGACGGAAGAAGAAAAGGACAGUAACAAAUCAGAUAAUGAUGUCAUGGAAGUAGAAGAUGAUGAUCAGGAAAAAGAAUCGACGCCAGAAGUAGUUGAGAAGAAAGAUGAGAAGGAAGACAGACCUAAAGAGGCAGACAAGAAAGACAAAGAGGAGCCGGAGAAGAAAGAGGAGAAGACGGAGAAGGAGUUGGAGGAAGAAAAGAAAAGGCUAGAGAAAGAGAAGCAGCAGCUCCGGUCCCGCUACGAGCUGCCGAGCGACCCGCACAUCAUCGUGCACCCAAGCGCGACGGCCAAGAACGGCAAGUUCAAGUGCAGCGUCGCCACUCUGUCGCUACUGCUCGACUACCGCAUCACUGAUAACAAGGAGCACAGCUUUGAGUUAUUCGUAUUCGCGGAGCUAUUCAACGAGAUGUUGAUGCGCGACUUUGGUUUCUACAUCUACAAGACACUAUACACUCUACCGGAGAAGGCAGAAGAAGUGAAAGAGAUUAAAGAUAAGGAAAAAGAAAAGAGUGUCGACAAAACAGAGAAGAAAGAUACAGAUAAGAAAACGGAAGGAGACAAGAAAGAUGAUAAAGGAAAAGAAGAGAGGGAAAGUAAAGAUAGGAAAGAUGACAAAGAUAACAAGAGAGAUGACAGGAGGGAUGAGCGACAUGACUCACGUAGACGCGAGAGACGGGACUCUCAACACGACUCGGAGGAGUCGCCCCGCGGCGGGCGCGGCGUGGAGCUGCCCGCCGACCCGUACUUGCUGCUGUCGCUGGUGUACUUCGACACGGCGCGGGCGCACCACGUCACCAAGAAGGACCUGCAGAACCUGUUCAUGAGCCUCGGCCUGCAGCUGUCCAGGUCGCAGAUACGCAAUGUGCUCGAGAAAGUCUGCGUCAAGGAUCACUUUAGUUAUAAGACUCUGGCUCAAGCCAUCAAGGACAUAGCAUCGGGCUCACCAGAAGUGAUCCAAGACAUGCCUCUGGAUUCCACAGGAACCAGCAGUGAAGUGCCGUCGCAUAUUGCAGAGUUGGAGGCGAGUAUAGCAACGGGUAACCGGGACCUACUGCCGAUAUUCAACCGACCCAGCGAGGGUGGCAAGGCUAGCUCUAGCGAGACCUUAGAUGUUAGUGAUACCGGCGUGGUGACGUACAAGAGCCGCGUGGUGGCGGUGGGCGCGCUGGUGGCGGCGGCGGCGCGCGAGGCGGCGGCGCGCGCGCGCCUGGCCGCCGCGCUGGGCGACGCGCGCCGCGCGCUGGGCGCCGCGCGCGCCGCCGCCGCGGCCGCGGGCCACGCCGAGCGCGCCGCGCAGCUGCAGCUGGCCGACGCCAGCGCCAACCUGGCCGCCGCGCGCGCGCGCAUCACCUCGCUCACGGCGAGUUCCAAAAUAUUCCACUCUGCAUUGAAGAGUAUCCAGCAAAAAGUUGAAGCCGUCGUCAACAUCAAGUACGAAGACGAUGACGUCGUUGAAGUCGUCAAUGGACCCGCUAAGGCGGACAAAGAAGCAAAAAAGGAAGUCACUGACAGCAACGGCAAAGCUGACGCGAAAGAGGUUGUCGACGUCGCCAACGAGGCACCGGUCAAACCGGAGAAGACAGAAAAGCCUGAUAAGGAAAAGGAGUCGGACAUCAUUGCUACGGAGAAUAUGGAUCUCGACGAGAAGGAAUAACGUUUUAUCUUUAACAGAACAGACAUCCUACACGAACAUAAACCUAGGGGUCAAAAACGGCCACAAUGAAGACAAGGGUAGUUUAGGGGAAAUCAGUUACUUUUUACUAAACGUCAAAACACGAAAUUACCUUGGAAUUUGUACGAUAAAGCAACCUGUGACGUCAUAGAUAGACGUGACAAAAUUAAAUAGAAAAAAAAAGUAUUUGUCACCUUUAGAUCUAUGUCUUUAUUUAGUAAUCAGAAUUUCUUAAUUUAUCUUUGAUCUAGGAAACUACCCAAUUCGACCUAAAAAAGCAAUAUUGCCAUAAGUGCAAUGUCAAAUAGCAAUGUUGUUGUGUGGCCUUUUUAGACCCCUGAGCUCCUAAGACGCGGGGUGGGAGCGACAAGUCAUGAAAAUCUUGCACCCACACCCGUUUUAUGAUGCAUAAUAUUGAUGGUUCAUGAUAAUAACAACCUAAAAUGCCAUCGUCCAUAUAAAUAACCAACAAAAAUUACUUGUAUCGUGGAACUUAAGGGAGCUUAGGCUGUAAUUAAUUUAAAUAAUUGAUACAAUUCAAACAAAUCUGUAUUCAAAAAAUAGAAUAUCAAUUAUGGAUAUUUUUUUCGUGAUAUAUAGGGUACAGUGCACGACGGUGAAAUAAAUUCGAAGCUCUAUUUUAAUUCGAUUACUAGUCGUUGCCCUAUUAAAAUAAAAUAAAGAUAUAUAUUAAGAAAUCAUCGGAUUUUUUGUUUGUAACAAGGAACAUUUAUUGAAAUGUUGUGAAUGAAAAAACUUGACCGUAUAACAUUGUCCGCCUUAAAAAUUUCAAUUUUUAAGACCAUAAUUACAUAAUCCAUUGGAUUGAGACCAUUUUUUAAAUCCCUGUUUCAAAGGAAAGGUAUAUUAAUUUUUGCAAAACACUUGUUUUGUAUGUACAGGUUGAGUUUGUGGUCACUUGGUAUAAGUUUUCAUGAGAGUUGUACCGUUUAGCUGUAAGAAUUUUCAGCAUUUUGCAAUAAAUAAGUACUACCAUA